CGGCCGUCCGAGGGGCGCAACUUCCCGGCUCGGCGCCCCACCGUGAACUGGGAGCUGGGCCACGCUGCGGGAGCGCGCGAUGACCUCGCCGGUGACCGGGCUGCUCCUGGUGCUGCACGCUGCCGCGGCGCUCGGGUCCGGCGAGUUCCGGAUGUCGCCGCGUGAGAAGAAGGCGACCCUGGGCGAGGAGGUGGAGCUGCGCUGCGAGCCGCUGAAGUCCGGGGCGUCGGGCUGCACGUGGCUCUACCAGCGGCCGGGAGCGGCCGCCAGCCCCAUCUUCCUAAUGUACAUCUCCAAUACCCGGACCAAGAGUACGGAGGGGCUGUUUGCCAACCAGAUCUCAGGCCAUAAGGACCGGAGCGACGUCUACUCUCUCAGAGUGAAAAACUUCCAAGAAAAUAACCAAGGCUACUAUUUCUGCUCGAUCCUGUACAACUCGAUAGCGUACUUCAGCCCCUUCGUGCCCGUCUUCCUGCCAGCGAAGCCCACCACGACGCCCGCGCCGCGGCCACCCACGCCGGCGCCCACCAGAACGUCUCAGCCCGCGUCCCGGCGCCCGGAGACCUGCCGGCCGACCGCCGUCAGCGCAGGGGAAACGAAGCAGCCCUUCGCCUGUUCUAUCUACAUCUGGGCGCCUCUGGCUGGGAUCGGCGGGGUCCUUCUUCUGUCUCUGAUCGUCACCGCCACCUGCAGCUACAGAAACCGAAGACGCGUUUGCAAGUGUCCCAGGCCCCUGGUCAGACCGGGGGGCAAGCCCAGCCAUCCAGAGAGAUAUGUCUGACGUGGCGACGGGUCCUGCGCAUCAGCCACUACUGAGACUUCAAACUGAGAACCCUCCUCACAAGGAGGGCAACAGCCCUUCCCUUCUGGUUUUUUCAGCCUUCCUUCUUUAUGUGUUCAUUCUCGUUAUUAUUUCCAUUGGGUUGGGGGGUGGAAAGGUUAUUUUUUCUUUAAUUGACACAAAACAGAACUAUAUGUCUACAGUACACCACUGUGCAUACGAAUCGGGGAAGGGGGCAGGUUGUGUUUUCAGAACCAGACCCCUAGAGCUGGUGGGGGCCUCACAACCACCUGGCCCAAACCUCUUUCCUGGCCAUUUUAUAGAGGAGGAGGCUGAAGUCCAGCGAAGUUUGAUCAGAGUCACAGCAAGGCUGGGGCUCUUCCUCCACAUCAUGCAGAUAUUUCUUCUGGAGGCCUCUGUUUCAGCGGGGGGUUCUAUGUCUCAAAGCGCAAGGGAACAAGUCAUUUCUCCAGCACCUGCGAUAGACCCAUUACUGCACCCAGAGCCCUGAGAAGGUAAUGAAAUAAAUGAACUUCUGCCUUUCACUGAGUUUCGUAAUGUAGUUGAAUAGUAUCAGAAUUUUUUAUAAUCAAGCCUGAAAUUGUAUAGACAGUAGGAAUUCCUCACAUUAAGGUGAACUGAAUCCUGGAAAAUGAAUAACUCAAUCCCUAAAGAAAAUCUCUCUGACAUCCCUAAAUGGAGGUAAAAUUGUUUUCCCAGUCUUUCAUUGCAGAGCAACCCAUGAAAGAGGAGAGGCCAUCCUUUUAAAAAUAUGAUUUGAGCAUCAGUAAGGUUGAAUGGAGAUCCUUUUGAAUCUCAAAACUUCGGAUGCCAUAUUUGAACAUGCUCCUGGGAUCAUUGAUGACCUUUUAGUUUGUAAAGGCAAAAUUGUCACGGAGCUGCCAGUGCCGCCCCUGGCCUCCCCUCAAUCAGGUGAGGACGUGGCAGAACAGACUCUGUUCUGGUGAGGAGUUGAGGCGUAUAAUUGCCUAAAGAGUUGCCCUACACACCCAUCUCCUCUCUUACGGUAUUGUACAAGAAAUGUGUUCUCACUGGAAGAAAAAACUUAACUUGAUAAGGAAACAAGGAUCAUCCAUAAUUCUUUACCCCUGGUAUAAUCCACUGUUAAUAUUAUGGUAUACAGAUUAUUUUCUAUGCAUGUAUGUAAAAUACAUACUUUGUUUAUUAAAUGGAAUUGCAUUGUUUGUUUGUUUUA